AUGUCCACGCCCACAGACCCUGGUGCGAUGCCCCACCCAGGGCCUUCGCCAGGGCCCGGACCCUCUCCUGGACCAAUUCUCGGACCUAGUCCAGGACCCGGACCAUCCCCAGGUUCCGUCCACAGUAUGAUGGGGCCAAGUCCUGGACCCCCGAGUGUCUCGCACCCUAUGCCUGCAAUGGGGUCUGCCGACUUCCCGCAGGAAGGCAUGCAUCAGAUGCAUAAGCCCGUUGAUGGUAUGCACGAUAAGGGGAUUGUAGAAGAUAUUCAUUGUGGAUCCAUGAAGGGCACUGGUAUGCGGCCACCACACCCAGGAAUGGGCCCUCCCCAGAGUCCGAUGGAUCAACACAGCCAAGGUUAUAUGUCGCCACACCCAUCUCCGUUGGGAGCUGCAGAGCAUAUCUCCAGCCCUAUGUCGUCGGGAGGUGGCCCGACCCCACCCCAGAUGCCACCCAACCAGCCAGGGCCUCUCAUCCCAGGAGAUCCACAGGCAAUGAACCAGCCCAACAGAGGUCCCUCGCCUUUUAGUCCUGUCCAGCUGCAUCAGCUUCGAGCUCAGAUUUUAGCUUACAAAAUGCUGGCCCGGGGCCAGCACCUCCCUGAAACACUGCAGCUUGCAGUCCAGGGGAAAAGGACGUUGCCUGGCAUGCAGCAGCAGCAGCAGCCACAGCCGCAGCAGCCCCAGCCCCAGCCACAACAGCCGCAGCAGCAGCAGGCCCUUGUUAACUUCAGCAGACCAUCUGGUCCUGGGCCAGAGCUGAGCGGCCCAAGCACCCCGCAGAAGCUGCCUGUGCCCGCGCCCAGUGGCAGGCCCUCCCCAGCGCCUCCCGCAGCAGCUCAGCCUCCCGCAGCCGCAGUGCCCGGGCCCUCAGUGUCGCAGCCAGCCCCGGGGCAGCCCUCACCCGUCCUGCAGCUGCAGCAGAAGCAGAGCCGGAUCAGCCCCAUUCAGAAACCACAAGGCCUGGACCCUGUGGAGAUUCUCCAGGAGCGGGAAUAUAGACUUCAGGCUCGCAUAGCUCACAGGAUACAAGAACUGGAAAAUCUACCUGGCUCUUUGCCACCAGAUUUACGAACCAAAGCAACCGUGGAACUGAAAGCACUUCGGUUACUCAAUUUCCAACGUCAGCUGAGACAGGAGGUGGUGGCCUGCAUGCGGCGAGACACAACGCUCGAGACGGCUCUCAACUCCAAAGCGUACAAACGGAGCAAGCGCCAGACCCUGAGGGAGGCCCGCAUGACGGAGAAACUGGAGAAGCAGCAGAAGAUUGAACAGGAGAGGAAGCGCCGGCAGAAACACCAGGAAUACCUGAACAGUAUUUUACAACAUGCAAAAGAUUUUAAAGAGUACCAUCGCUCUGUGGCUGGGAAGAUCCAGAAGCUUUCCAAAGCCGUGGCAACUUGGCACGCCAACACUGAAAGGGAGCAGAAGAAAGAGACAGAGCGGAUCGAAAAGGAGAGAAUGCGCAGACUGAUGGCUGAAGAUGAAGAGGGCUAUCGAAAACUAAUUGAUCAAAAGAAAGACAGGCGAUUAGCUUACCUUCUGCAGCAGACCGAUGAGUAUGUGGCCAACCUGACCAGCCUGGUUUGGGAGCACAAGCAAGCCCAAGCGGCCAAAGAGAAGAAGAAGAGGAGAAGGAGGAAGAAGAAGGCUGAAGAGAAUGCAGAGGGAGGAGAGUCUGCCCUGGGACCAGAUGGAGAGCCUAUAGAUGAAAGCAGUCAGAUGAGUGACCUUCCUGUCAAAGUGACUCACACAGAAACCGGCAAGGUCCUGUUUGGACCAGAAGCACCCAAAGCAAGUCAGCUAGACGCCUGGUUGGAAAUGAAUCCUGGUUAUGAAGUUGCCCCCAGAUCCGACAGUGAAGAGAGUGAUUCUGAUUACGAGGAGGAGGAUGAGGAGGAAGAGUCCAGUCGGCAGGAAACCGAAGAGAAAAUACUUCUGGAUCCAAACAGUGAAGAAGUCUCUGAGAAGGACGCUAAGCAGAUCAUUGAGACAGCUAAGCAAGACGUGGAUGAUGAAUACAGCAUGCAGUACAGUGCCAGAGGCUCCCAGUCCUAUUACACAGUGGCUCAUGCCAUCUCUGAGAGGGUAGAGAAGCAGUCCGCACUUCUCAUUAACGGGACCCUGAAGCAUUACCAGCUCCAGGGCCUGGAAUGGAUGGUUUCCCUGUAUAAUAACAAUUUGAAUGGAAUCUUAGCUGAUGAAAUGGGGCUGGGAAAGACCAUACAGACCAUUGCACUCAUCACUUAUCUGAUGGAGCACAAGAGACUCAAUGGCCCCUAUCUCAUCAUUGUUCCCCUUUCGACUCUGUCUAACUGGACAUAUGAAUUUGACAAAUGGGCUCCGUCUGUGGUGAAAAUUUCUUACAAGGGCACCCCCGCUAUGCGGCGCUCCCUUGUCCCCCAGCUACGGAGUGGCAAAUUCAACGUCCUCUUGACUACUUAUGAGUACAUUAUAAAAGACAAGCACAUUCUUGCAAAGAUUCGGUGGAAAUACAUGAUCGUGGAUGAAGGCCACCGAAUGAAGAAUCACCACUGCAAGCUGACUCAGGUCUUGAACACUCACUACGUAGCCCCCAGAAGGAUCCUCUUGACUGGGACCCCACUGCAGAAUAAGCUCCCAGAGCUCUGGGCCCUCCUCAACUUCCUCCUCCCCACAAUCUUUAAGAGCUGCAGCACAUUCGAACAGUGGUUUAAUGCUCCAUUCGCCAUGACCGGAGAAAGGGUGGACUUAAAUGAAGAAGAAACUAUAUUGAUCAUCAGGCGCCUGCAUAAGGUCCUGAGACCAUUUUUACUGAGGAGACUGAAGAAAGAAGUUGAAUCCCAGCUUCCAGAAAAAGUUGAAUAUGUGAUCAAGUGUGACAUGUCAGCUCUGCAGAAGAUUCUGUAUCGCCAUAUGCAAGCCAAAGGCAUCCUCCUCACAGAUGGUUCUGAGAAAGAUAAGAAGGGGAAAGGAGGUGCUAAGACACUUAUGAAUACUAUCAUGCAGUUGAGAAAAAUCUGCAAUCACCCAUAUAUGUUUCAGCACAUCGAGGAAUCCUUUGCUGAACACCUGGGCUAUUCAAAUGGGGUCAUCAAUGGGGCUGAGCUGUAUCGGGCCUCAGGAAAGUUUGAGCUACUUGAUCGUAUUCUGCCAAAAUUGAGAGCGACUAAUCACCGCGUGCUGCUUUUCUGCCAGAUGACGUCUCUCAUGACCAUCAUGGAGGAUUACUUUGCUUUUCGGAACUUCCUUUACCUGCGUCUUGACGGCACCACCAAGUCUGAAGAUCGUGCUGCUUUGCUGAAGAAAUUCAACGAACCUGGGUCCCAGUAUUUCAUUUUCUUGCUGAGCACAAGAGCUGGAGGCCUGGGCUUAAACCUUCAGGCAGCUGAUACCGUGGUCAUCUUUGACAGCGACUGGAACCCUCAUCAGGAUCUGCAAGCACAAGACCGAGCUCACCGCAUCGGUCAGCAGAACGAGGUCCGGGUGCUGAGACUCUGCACCGUGAACAGUGUGGAAGAAAAGAUCCUGGCAGCUGCCAAGUACAAGCUGAAUGUGGAUCAGAAGGUGAUCCAGGCGGGCAUGUUCGAUCAGAAGUCUUCAAGCCACGAGCGGAGGGAAUUCCUGCAGGCCAUAUUGGCACAUGAAGAGGAAAAUGAGGAAGAAGAUGAAGUACCAGAUGAUGAGACUCUGAACCAAAUGAUCGCUCGACGAGAAGAAGAAUUUGACCUUUUUAUGCGUAUGGACAUGGACCGGCGGAGGGAGGACGCUCGGAACCCAAAGCGCAAGCCACGCUUAAUGGAGGAAGAUGAGCUGCCCUCCUGGAUUAUUAAAGAUGACGCUGAAGUGGAAAGGCUUACAUGUGAGGAAGAGGAGGAGAAAAUAUUUGGUAGGGGGUCUCGCCAGCGCCGGGAUGUGGACUACAGCGACGCCCUCACAGAGAAGCAGUGGCUGCGGGCCAUUGAAGACGGCAAUUUGGAGGAAAUGGAAGAGGAAGUACGGCUUAAGAAGCGAAAAAGGCGAAGAAAUGUGGAUAAAGAUCCUGCAAAAGAAGAUGUGGAAAAAGCCAAGAAAAGAAGAGGCCGCCCUCCUGCUGAGAAGCUAUCACCAAAUCCCCCCAAACUGACAAAGCAGAUGAAUGCUAUCAUUGAUACUGUGAUAAACUACAAAGACAGUUCAGGGCGACAGCUCAGUGAAGUCUUCAUUCAGUUACCUUCAAGGAAAGAAUUACCAGAAUACUAUGAACUAAUUAGGAAGCCGGUGGAUUUCAAAAAAAUAAAGGAAAGAAUUCGUAAUCAUAAGUAUCGGAGCUUGGGCGACCUGGAGAAAGAUGUCAUGCUUCUCUGUCAUAAUGCUCAGACGUUCAACUUGGAGGGAUCCCAGAUCUAUGAAGACUCCAUCGUCUUACAGUCCGUGUUUAAGAGUGCGCGGCAGAAAAUUGCCAAAGAAGAAGAGAGCGAGGACGAAAGCAAUGAAGAGGAAGAAGAGGAAGAUGAAGAGGAGUCAGAGUCGGAGGCAAAAUCUGUUAAGGUGAAAAUCAAACUCAAUAAAAAAGAUGAGAAAGGUCGGGACAAAGGAAAAGGCAAGAAAAGGCCAAAUCGAGGAAAAGCCAAACCUGUUGUGAGCGAUUUCGACAGUGACGAAGAACAGGAUGAAAAUGAACAGUCAGAAGCAAGUGGGACUGAUGAUGAGUGAUUGAUAUGGACCUUUUUUUCCUUGGUAGAACUGAAUUCCUUCCUCCCCUCCCUCAUUUCUACCCAGUGAGUUCAUUUGUCAUAUGGGCACUGGGUUGUUUCUAUAUCGUCAUCAUAAAAACUAGCUUUAGGAUAGUGCCAGACAAACGUAUGAUAUCAUGGUGUAAAAAAACACACACACACACACACACACACACAAAUAUUUGUAACAUAUCGUGACCAAAUGGGCCUCAAAGAUUCAAAGAUGAAAACAAAGCUUUUGAUGGAAAAUAUGUGGGUGGAAAGUAUAUUUCUAUGGGUGGAUCUAAUUUGGUAAGUUUGAUUGUGCCUGGUUUUAUCACCUGUUCAGAUGAAAAGACUUUUUUUUUUUUUUUUUUUUUUUUUUUUUUUGCACUGGUAACCAGGAAGCCCUUACAGGAGAAGCCAUUAAAAGCCACUGGUUAUUUUAUUUUUCAUCAGGCAAUUUUCAAGGUUUUUAUUUGUUCGGUAUUGUUUUUUUUUACACUGUGGUUCAUAUAAGCAACUUUAAUAGGUGAUUAAUGUACAGUAGUUAGACUUCACCUGCAUAGACAUUUUUCCAUUUUAUGCUCUAUGAUCUGAAAAAAAAUGCUUUUUGAAUUGUAUAAGAUAUGUCUACUGUAAACAUUGCUUAAUUUUUUUGCUCUUGAUUAAAAAAGUUUUGUUGAAAACGCUAUUGAAUAUUGCAAUCUAUAUAGUGCAUUGGAUGGCUUUUUUUGUCAACCUGAUCUCUUAUGUUACCAAUGUGUAUCGUCUCCUCCCUAAAGUGUACUUAAUCUUUGCUUUCUUUGCACAAUGUCUUUGGUUGCAAGUCAUAAGCCUGAGGCAAAUAAAAUUCCAGUAAUUUCCAAGAAUGUGGUGUUGGUGCUUUCCUAAUAAAGAGAUAAUUUAGCUCAA